AUGGCUCCCAAUCUUCCUUUCAAGUUGAACAACCCGGAGCUGUUCCGUGAUCAGUCUCUCGUCGGUGGAGAAUGGAUCGAAGCCAAGUCGGGCAAGCGAUUCGAUGUAGUUGAUCCCGGCAAUGGCAAAGUAUGGGCAACGGCUCCAGACAUGGGCCCCGACGACGUGGACAACGCCAUCACUGCUGCAAACAACGCAUUCAACGAUUACAAGAAGAUCAACCCAAGAACUCGUGCUCAAUGGAUGUUGAAGUGGGACCAGUUGAUUCGGGAGAACCGCGAUGACUUGGCACAGAUCGUCACCUACGAAUCCGGUAAACCACUGGCAGAGGCGCAAGGCGAGCUCGAUUAUGCCCUGGGUUUCACCUGGUGGUUUGCAGGCGAGGCGGAGCGCGUUCAGGGAACCGUUCAGACUCCAGCAGCACCCAACAGGCGGGUGUUCACCGUCAGCCAGCCCAUUGGUGUGGCGGUCGCUCUCGUCCCCUGGAACUUCCCAAUCGCAAUGAUUCUCCGGAAAGCUGGCGCUGCAUUGGCCGCCGGCUGUACCAURGUCGUUAAGCCCAGUCCAGAAACCCCGUUCUCAGUCGCCGCUCUUGCAUACUUGGCCGAGAAGGCUGGGUUCCCAAAGGGUGUCUUCAGCGUCAUGCCAACUAGCCUCGAAACCACACCCGCUCUCAGCGAGGCUCUUUGCAGACAUCCAUUGACCAAGAAGGUUACCUUCACAGGUAGCACCAGAAUUGGAAAGGUCGUUGCAAAGAUCUGUGCAGAUGGACUUAAGAAGGUCACUCUUGAGCUAGGCGGGAACUGCCCCUUUUUGGUCUUUGACGAUGCAGACUUGGAGCAAGCCGCAACUCAGUUAAUGGCGCUCAAGUGGCGACACGCCGGUCAAGCUUGCAUCACAGCGAACCGAGUGUUUGUCCAGAAGGGAGUAUAMGACAAGUUCGCCGAAAUUUUGACUACCAAGACGAAAGAGCUGGUUGUUGGCMAUGGUUCGGACAAGAAGUCGACAAUGGGUCCUGUUACGACAGAGCGAAGCUUGGACAAGGCUGAAGCCCAGGUAGCGGAUGCGACCAAGAACGGCGGUAAAGUCAUCUUGGGUGGCAAGAGAUUGCAUGGUACUCCCGGGUACGAUGGAUACUUCUUUGAGCCGACUGUCAUCACUGGUGCGAAGGACCAGAUGUUGAUCGCUCAAGAAGAGACAUUUGCCCCGGUCAUGGCCCUGUUCGAAUUCGACACUGAAGAAGAAGCCGUGAAACGCGCCAACGACACCAGUAUGGGACUUGCCAGCUACUUCUUCACGAAGAACAUUGACCGGACAUGGAGACUGCUUGAGAAUCUCGAGGCGGGCAUGAUAGGAAUGAACACUGGCAACUCCUCCGCGGCGGAGGCUCCAUUCGGUGGCAUCAAGGAGUCCGGAUAUGGAAAAGAGAGCGGCAAGGAUGUUGCCAUCAAGGAGUACAUGAUUACCAAGACUGGUACUCUCACGCUCAGUGACCACUAUUAG